AUGUUUCUUCUGAUGUUUUUGGUACACAAAGUAGUUACUCUGAGCUGCCCUGCAAGUGAUGCUUUCCUUGUUCCCCAUGAGUGGUACCAGCCUGGAGACUUCAUUGUUGGUGGGAUGGCAUCUCACAUUGUUUACCACUUCUGUGAAAUGAAAUUUAAUGAAUAUCCUGGAAAAACACCUAAAGACAUACCAAUCAUAAUCACCAAAUUUCAUCAACAUGUCCUUGCCUUGGCUUUUGCUAUCAAGCAGAUCAAUGAGGACUCCCAGAUCUUAUCUAAUGUCACUCUGGGGUUCCACAUCUAUGAUAGUUACAUGAAUGCAAGGAUGACGUAUCGCACCACCUUGGACCUGCUUUUCAAAUCCCAGGAAUUUGUCCCUAAUUACAAGUGUGAUAAUCAGAAGAAUCUCAUAGCUAUCAUUGGAGGAUUGGAUUUUGACACAUCAUCUUAUAUAGGUGAAAUGAUAAGAUUCUUCAAGAUUCCACAACUGACAUAUGGUUCAUUAGCCCAAGAUGCAUUUCAAACCAGUAGGCUCUCUUCACUUUAUUUCAUGGUACCAAAAGAGGACCAUCAGUACAUUGGGAUUAUUCAACUGCUUCACCAUUUCAGGUGGACAUGGAUUGGGAUUUUUGCUAUGGAUAACAAUAAUGGAGAGAAUUUCUUACAGAAAAUGCAGCCCUUACUUGCAGAGAAUGGAAUCUGCUCAUCCUUCACAGAAAGGCUUUCGCAACUGGUUCACUUGGAGGACUUUCCAGAAGUUUAUAGAACAAUCUCCAUGAUUUCCAUUAAUUUGAUAAAUAGCAAUGCCAAUGCAGUUCUUGUCUAUGGAGAAUCCUGGGCAAUUACGUGGCUAAGAGCGGUCACAUUUCUGGCAGAUCCUGAAAGCAAAGAAAUAGUACCAUUUAGAAAGGUAUGGAUUAUGACUGCACAGAUUGAUUUCAUAUUAUCAGGAUUUCAAAUCAAUUGGGAUCUCGCGAUGUUCUAUGGGGCUAUUUCCUUCACCAUUCAUUCAAGGGCAUUUGUAAGUUUCAAGGAAUUUCUUCAGUCUGUAAAUCCUGUUUCUGUCUACAGUGAUGGGUUUCUGCAGGAAGUAUGGGAACAAUCCUUUGAUUGUUCAUUUCUAAAAUCAGAGUUACAAGAACUGCCAAGUAGGAAAUGCACUGGGGAGAUGAAGUUGGAGGACCUUCCUGGGCCUGUCUUUGAAAUGGAAAUGACUGGCCAAAGCUACAGCAUUUACAAUGCCAUUUAUGCUGUGGCUCAUGCUUUGCAGGCACUACACAUGUUGAGGUUCAAUAAGAAGACAAUUACAAUGCGUAAAAAAAUUGAUCUUCUAAAUCUGCAGGCUUGGCAGCUCCAUUCAUUUCUACAAGGCCUUUCUUUUAACAAUUCAGCUGGGGAGAGAGUGUUCCUGAAUGAGAAAGGAGAAGCAACAGGUGGAUUCGAUAUCACAAACUUGAUCAUGUUUCCAAACAGAUCCUUUCAGAGAGUUAGAGUUGGAAAGCUGGAUCCACAGGCUCCAAAAGGGAAGGAAUUAUUCAUUGAUGAAGAUGUGAUUGUCUGGAAUCCAGCUUUUAACCAGGUUCUUCCACUUUCUCGAUGCAAUGAGCCUUGUUUCCCUGGAUCCUGGAAGAAAGGGAUUGAGGGGAAUCAGUUCUGCUGCUAUGACUGUGUUCCAUGCCCAGAAGGGAAGUUUUCAAAUCAAAAUGAUGUGGAAGAUUGCUUUGAAUGUUCAGAAGAUCAUUAUCCAAAUAAAGAAAAGAAAGAAUGCAUCCUGAAACUGCUGGUCUUUCUAACUUUUGAAGAAAUCUUAGGAAUUGCCUUAUCCUCAGCAGCUCUUUGUUUCUUCUUCUUGACAUCUUGGAUACUUGGAACAUUUAUUAAGUACAGGGAUACUCCCAUUGUCAAAGCCAACAACCGAUCCUUAACCUAUACCCUCCUUGUUUCUCUUUUGCUCUGUUUUCUCUCCUCUUUGUUCUUCCUCAGCCAACCUGACAAGGUCAUCUGUCUUCUCCGACAACCAACUUUUGGGAUCACAUUCUCAGUGGCCAUUUCUAGUGUAUUGGCCAAAACUAUAACUGUGGUUGUGGCUUUCAUGGCGACUAAACUGGGAUCUCAGAUGAGGAAAUGGGUGGGGAAAAGAUUGCCCUUUUCUAUAGUCCUUUCCUGUUCUCUUGUCCAAGUAUGUAUUUGUAUUCUUUGGUUGUCAACAUCUCCCCCAUUCCCUGAACUGGACAUGCACUCAGAGCUUCAAGAAAUGAUUUUACAAUGCAAUGAAGGAUCAGCUUUCUUCUUCUACUGUGUCUUGGGCUACAUGGGUAUCUUGGCCAUUGCCAGCUUUACUGUGGCUUUUCUUGCCCGUAAACUACCUGACAGCUUUAAUGAAGCCAAGUUCAUCACCUUCAGCAUGUUGGCCUUCUGUAGUGUGUGGGUCUCCUUCUUUCCAGCCUAUCUGAGCACAAAAGGUAAAGCCAUGAUAGCUGUGGAAGUCUUCUCCAUCUUGGCCUCCAGUGCUGCACUACUGGGAUGCAUAUUCUUGCCCAAAUGCUACAUUAUUGUUUUGCGGCCUGACCUCAACCAAAAGGUACAACUCAAAAAGAGGAAUUACCUCUUAUAA